AUGCUGGAUAGACACAUGCUGCAGAAGCGGAUCAUGGCGAAGGCCCGAAUGAUGCAGAAGUGGCGAAGCAUCUCUCGCUUCCGCAAAAGUGCUCUUUUGAUACAACGCAUCUUCCGUGGGCACUUCGUUCGAAAGCACAAAAUCGACAUCGCCUCCUACCUGGCGGGGCUUGUGUCACGGGUAGAGCGUCUUAGAAGCGAGCGUGAGGUCUUUCACUUGAAGUGCGAGAACAUCCAGCAGGAGCUUCAGCAGCUUCGCGUCGAUAUCGACAUAAUCCAAGAUAAAAUUUCAGAAGAGGAGAAAGAGGUGGCGCUUAUCGCCAGCAAAGGAGUCAUUGCAGCGGACACCGCCGUCGUCCAUGAAGACGCAGCCGAAUCGGUUGCGUAUUACAAGGGCGAAGUGGCGGAGCUCGAGGAAUUCGCUCGAAAUCUCGAGAAGGAACUGCAAGAGUUACGGGAACAGGAUCCAGUCGUGCACUAUGCUGCAACGCUCAUUCAGGCACUGUACAGAGGCGUCCGGUGUCGAACGCAGCGCAUCCGAGAACGCCAGCGCCAACGUCAGAUUUAUGCUCGAAUGCUUCAAUCCAAGGAACUGUGUUACGAUCGCAUCCACGCUUCGUGGGUUAUCCGCAACCAGAAGCUCUAG